AUGGGUUUCGACAAUAUCUCCAACGACCAUGAGACCGACAAGGUGAUGGGAGCGGAGGGCGAGAAGGCCCCAUACUCCCCGCCGCCACCUUUCGAGGGGGACAUAGUGGGGGAAAUGAGUGAGGCGGAAAGGAAUAUCUAUGAUCACGGCAUCAACAAGUUUAACCGUCUCGGCUGGAAGCGUCUCACUAUUGUCCUCAUUGUGGAGGCCAUUGCCCUGGGUAGUUUGUCGAUUCCUUCUACCUUUGCGACACUGGGCAUGGUGGCAGGUGUGAUUUGCUGUGUGGGUAUCGGCCUCAUCGCCAUCUAUACCAGUUAUAUUGUGGGAAUGGUCAAAUUGGCCUUUCCCGAAGUGGCUACUUAUGCCGAUGCAGGCCGGUUGCUUGGCCGUCGGUUGGGAUGCGGACGCUUUGGAUACGAGCUCGUCAACGCUAUGCUGGGUCUUCAGCUGAUCUUCCUGACGGCAUCGCAUUGUUUAACCGGAACGAUUGCAUUCUUGGACAUCACCAAGAGUGGCGUUUGCUCGAUUGUCUUCGCGGUUGUCUCAGCAAUUAUUCUGCUUUUGCUUGCCAUUCCUCCCAGUUUCACCGAGGUUGCUAUCCUCGGCUACGUCGAUUUUGCCUCAAUUAUCAUCGCCAUUGGCAUCACAAUCAUCGGCACUGGAAUCAAAGCGGGAGAUUCUCCUGCGGGCUUGACUGGAGUCGCAUGGUCCGCUUGGCCUAAAGAGGGGAUUACCUUUACUGAAGCUUUUAUCGCCCUCACCAAUAUCGUUUUCGCCUACAGCUUCGCCAUGUGCCAGUUCUCCUUCAUGGAUGAGAUGCACACACCACGCGACUUUGUUAAAUCUAUCUGGGCGCUUGGUAUCACGGAGAUCAUUAUCUAUACGGUUACCGGUGCUUUGAUCUACGCCUUUGUUGGCCAGGACGUCUCAAGUCCUGCUCUCACCUCGGCCGGACCACUUUUGAGUCGCAUUGCAUACGGUGUUGCCCUUCCCGUGAUCUUUAUUAGUGGUUCGAUUAACACCGUUGUCUUCGGACGCCUGAUUCACGGUCGCAUUUUUGCCAACUCCCCUAUUCGCUUCAUUAACACCAAGAUGGGAUGGCUGACAUGGCUGGCGGUGAUCACAGCUGCCACCAUCCUGGCAUUCAUCAUUGCUGAGGUCAUCCCCUUCUUCAAUGAUUUGCUUUCCAUUUCCUCGGCCCUGUUCAUCUCCGGUUUCACCUUCUACUUCCCUGCCAUGAUGUGGUUCUUGCUUCUGCGGGAGGGUAGUUGGAGUGAGCCUAAGAACAUUGCAUUGGCUAUCACCAAUGCGUUCAUCUUCCUCAUUGGCAUGAUAGUUCUCGUCGGCGGAACAUACUCCAGCAUUGACGAUAUUGUCAUCAAAUAUGCCAAGGGAGAAGUUGGCGGUGUCUUCUCAUGUGCAGCCCCUGAGUAA